AUGUUAACUUCUGAGCAAAUGCAGGCUGAGUUGUUCAUUCUCAGACUAUCACGCAAUAGUGGUGUGCUUGGACUUGCUGGCAUGGCGUUUACUUCUCAGAUCUUCUUCUCAAAUGCGCAACCGAAUGAUGAAGGCUUAAAGAAUGAAAGCAUACUUUUAGUGAGACCACUCCUUCAUUUUUCUAAAGAAGAUAUGUACAAGAUAUGUCAAGUGGCUGGCCAGGAUUGGGUGGAAGAUCCAACAAAUCAAAGCCCAUUAUACGCUCGAAAUAGGAUUCGAAUGUCAUUAGGAAAUUUGUCAUCAUUAACAUUCAAGUCUGAACUUCAAGCAGUGAUAUCUGCCUGUCGAAAAACACGUGCUUUUGUUGAUCAAACUUGCCGUAAUUUAAUAAAUCAGGCUGUGACCCUCAUACAUCAGGGAUAUGCAAUCAUUGAUUUGGAGAUUCUUAAUCCAUCAAAAGUUAUGGACAUAUGCCUUGUAAAGUUUCUUGCCUUGGUCUUGCAGUUCAUCUCUCAAAGGUACAAACCAGUUCGAGGUAGUGCUUUAAGAUUGCUGUUAGACUAUAUUUGUACUUUCCCAUGUAAGAAGUCACUUACAGUGGCUGGGUGUUACCUAUGUCCAGCUCCUGGGUCUAGGGGAACCAAAGUCCUAGUUUGCUGCUCUGUUGAUUGUCCCCUGCCUUCUAGAAUGGAACUGACUAGCAUGCAUUCUGAUGGAGAACUCAGGCAGUAUGUCACAAGCGAGUUAGAGCAAAUACUAGCCGAUGGAAAAUCAUAUUUGGAUCACUUUGUUCCAGGCGCAUCAGAUGUGUAUUUUUUAGACUCUACAUCUGAAUCAGUCCUAACUGAAGCCAAGAAAGUUAAUAUUAUCAGCGAGUCAACCUAUAGGAAUAUUCUUCUGUUGCAGAGAAACGAAAUCAAGCAUUUCAAGGCCAAAACUGAAGAUAAUGUGAAUUACGUGCCAAAAAAUGAGGUUGAAUCUGUCACUGCAUCUUCCAGCAAAUUCCGACCUGGGCAAAUAUGCUAUUUCAUGAACCGAUUCUUGAUCACAUGGCAACUUAGGAAGUAUAUUCUUACCACUGACUUUUCUGUACAAUCUUGUUGUGGUUGGGAGGUGGGAGGGGAAAAUUGCCAUCAUCAUUCUUGGUCUUGUACACUUGAUCAUGGCAUGUUUGCUGAGGUGAGGCACAUGAUUGAAUGUGAUUGGCUAGAUCUUGCUAAGUUGUUAAAGUGUGCAAGUUUGGAUGAUUUACACCAGCAAAGAAUAUUUACAGCCUGUGAAAUGGAGCAAACAAUGGAAAAGAGCAACUUAUAUUUGGAAUAUUUGAGGUUCUCAGCAGAAAGAGCUCUCACAGCGCUGAAAUCUAUUCCAAUUGCUGCUAGAAAAAGUCUACCUGUCCUAGUCAAUCAUCAAGGGCACUUGCUUAGCAUUCCAAGCAUUGGCUUCAAGACUUGCCCUUGUUUGGCGGUUUCUUGUGAAUUUAAGCCACGAGUACCACUUGGGGGAGGCUAUAGUUCAUUUUUGUAGUCUCUGAAAUUUCAAGGAAAUGCAUACAAGGCUUGAAUGAGAAGAAAUGGAUGACUAGCCAUGUCUCAUAUGUCUGUAGCAAUGAAUAUGAAGGCAACGCCAGCACUGGCCCAAUCAAUGAUGGUCUCUAUAAAGCCCUCAAAAGGCCUAGAGUCCUGACAUUCUCUCGUCCAAUGCCACGGGUGGUUCUUUUUAAGGAGAAUAGUCGAAGGCGCAGGUCAGUCUUCAAUAGAUGCAUUUCAUGGAGCUCUUUGUUGCUUUUGUAGUUUGUAUCAAGUCAUCUUCAAAAGUGUGAUUCUCGUCUCAGACUUGGUGCAUGAAGAAAAAAGUUCAAUGACAAAUUUCAUAGUAACUUUGAAUAUUUACAUGAUAGAAUGGUUACUGGCAGAUGGUAUUUUUCAUUCUGCCUGCUGUAAAUUUAGAGGCAACAAUAGAGAUUGUAUUGAUACUGAAAUGAAGCAUAGAACCGCAGAUUAUCUCUAUUCCCCUCCCUUUUUCCCAGUGUUCCCCCUGAAUUGUAGACCUGGGGGUUUUUAGAACUCGGAGAAAAAUGAAUGCGACUGGACUGGUAGAAAACGGUUUGUUAUUAGUGGUGCCAAUGAUGAUGACAAUGAUAUGGAAUAAGUUUCUUCAGCGAUUAA